AUGGCACAGUUGCAUUAUUACUUCCAAAUCGCGGAAGCAGGGAUCCUUUCAAAUCCGAACCUUGAAUUUGACCUCGUAUUUUUCGGCAACCUGCGUCUGUUUGCCAUCUCGCAUGUGAGUCGCUAUCAGCAUCCCGUUGCCAGAGCGGUCUCUAGGCUGGCUUUAAUCCUUCCUGACAACUCUGCAGCCUGGUACGAUUGGCGUGCCAUGGCGAAAGCUACCGCUGCUGCUGCUACUGGUGGCAUGGAGGAUCGGCGGCAUGUUACACCUGGGCCGCUAACGUCUGCGGCUGCCGCUAAGGUCUUCGGACUCCACUUUGCAGCUUAUGCCGCCAGCGCAAAGUCUACCGAGUGCGACACGCUCAACAUGGCCAGAAAUGCAGCUACAGCAGCUUUUUGA